AUUUUAAUAUAAAUAACAUUGCCAAUAAAUGUCUGAGUAUUAUGAUGAGGAAUUUGGAGAAGUAUUUGAUCUAAGAAAUAUUUAAGCUUGGAUUAGUAAUUGGUGAUUUUAACAUUCCUUAAAGAGCUGCUGAUUUGCCACCUUAAUUUAAAGACCUAUUAGUACCAAAUAAAGUGUAAUACGUAUUUUGUACAGGAAAUGUUGGAAAUAGAGAAACUUAAGAUUGGCUUAAAACACUCUCAGGAAAUACACAUUUUGUGAAAGGAGAUUUUGAUGAAGUAAAAGAUAUGCCUGAGACUAAAGUGGUAUAAAUUGGAUCAUGGAAAUUAGUAUUAGUGCAUGGACAUUAAGUAGAAAUAAUUAAUAUAUAUAUAUAUAGCUUGUCCCUCAUGGUGAUGAAGAAUCUUAAUAUACAUUUUUAAAAGAAAUGGAAGGUGAUGUACUUAUUACAGGACAUACAGGUGUUGCUAAAGUUACAGCAGUAGAAAAGAAAUAUAUAAUCAAUCCAGGAUCUGCAACAGGAGGAUUCAAUGGACUUUAAACGUAAUUGGUAUAUCUUUAUUAUUAAGUUCAAUACCAUCAUUUUUGAUCUUAGAAUUUAAAAAAGAAAAAAUAUAAGUUUUCAUUUAUACAUUAGAUGGAGAUGUCAAGAUAGAUAAAUAAGAAUUGCCAUUAUAAAAAUGA